UUACUCGGUAGAGGGAGACGUGGGGGUGGUGUUUUGUUUGUUUUUUGAGAUAGAGAGUCUCACUCUAUCGCCCAGGCUGGAGUGCAGUGGCGGGAUCUCGGACCCCUGCAACCUCCGCCUGCUGGGUUGAAGCAAUUCUCCUGUCUCAGUCUCCCUAGUAGCUGGGAUUACAGGCGCCCGCCACCUCGCCCGGCUAGUUUUUUUAUUUUAGCAGAGACGGCGUUUCACCAUGUUGUCCAGGCUGGUCUCGAACUCCUCACCUCAAGCAAUCCACCCGCCUCGGCAUCCCAAAGUGCUGGGAUUACAGGCGUGAGCCACCGGGCCCUGCCGGAUAUGUCUCACACCAUUUUGCUGGUACAGCCUACCAAGAGGCCAGAAGGCAGAACUUAUGCUGACUACGAAUCUGUGAAUGAAUGCAUGGAAGGUGUUUGUAAAAUGUAUGAAGAACAUCUGAAAAGAAUGAAUCCCAACAGUCCGUCUAUCACAUAUGACAUCAGUCAGUUGUUUGAUUUCAUCGAUGAUCUGGCAGACCUCAGCUGCCUGGUUUACCGAGCUGAUACCCAGACAUACCAGCCUUAUAACAAGGACUGGAUUAAAGAGAAGAUCUACGUGCUCCUUCGUCGGCAGGCCCAACAGGCUGGGAAAUAAUUGUGUUGGAAGCACUGGGGGGGUUCGGGUGGGCUUGGAACACAGGUGUGUACAGCGUGCUGUAGUGGAAGUUUUGUAUCAUAGUAAUCCUGUUUCCACUUUGUUAUACUCUAGCCAAGAUUGACUGUAUUAGAUGAAAUGUGAGGAUCUUGUUCAAUCGGAAACCCCCGUUACCUCCUCUUUUUCUUUCUCUUUUUUUUUUUUUUACUUAAACAUUUUUAUGAUGAUUUAGAUGGAAGUUGUUCUUCGUCACUUAAUGUUGGUUCCAGUCCUUCAACUGUUCAUAUCUACUUUAUAACAUUCACAUACUAACCCUUCUUCAAGAUGGGGUGAGGGGUGGAAAUGCAGUUUAGCCAUGUCCUCAAGAUAAAGUCUUGGUAAAAAUAAAUAAAUGUCCUUUAGAUAUA